AACGGAAGCUAAAAAGGAAGCAUAACCAACACUGCUUUUUAAACCAGAAAUAAAGAGAGAAAGAGGAAGUCUUUUUAGUUAAACAGCUACCUCACAAACAAACAGUGACUGUUGUGCAUGUAAAAAAGAAAGCUUCUUUCUUUUUUUCUUCUUUGUUAUCUUCUCCAAAUCCAAAAGUUAUAAAGAAAAAAAAGAAAGAAAAGGAAAUUCACAACCCAACAAAGAGAAACCUCUAUACUUCUCUCUCUCUCUCUCUCUCUUUUUCAUUAUGGAUUGUGAUUUAUCUCCAUUUUCUCUCUCUCGAAUUCUCAGCUCAUAUUCUUGCUUCAAUUUCUGGUUGAUCAUGUCAUCUUUGCUGCAAAUUCGUCAGAUUCCUGCUCUCUGAUUCUUUCUUUUUUGGUUUGCCUCGAGGUAUUUGAAUCUACAAAAGAGUAGAACCAAAACAUAUUCUGGUGUCCGGUGUCCAUCUGAAUACUGACAUUGACAAUGGGGCAUAUAUCUUCCAUGUUCAAUGGACUGGCAAGGUCGCUUGCAAUAAGAAAAGGGAAGAAUAAUGGAAAUGGUGAUGGUAGAGAAGCUGCACAUGCAAUAAUCAAAGAAGCAAAGAAGAAUGACUUGAUAUUGCGAUCUUCUGGUUCUGUAAAUGUUGAUGGUUCAAAGAAUUUUGCCUCAGUUUUCUCAAAGAAAGGCGAGAAAGGAAUAAAUCAGGAUUGCUUCAUUGUAUGGGAGGAAUUUGGAUGCCAAGAAGACAUGAUAUUUUGCGGGAUAUUUGAUGGACAUGGUCCCUGGGGCCAUUUUGUGGCAAAGAAAGUCCGAGAAUGGAUGCCAUCAUCUUUGCUGUGUACUUGGCAGGAAACUCUUGCUCAUACUUCAAUUGAUCCAGAUAUUGAUUUAGAAGCAGAUAAAAAGCAUCACGGGUUCCAUAUAUGGAAGCAUUCCUAUAUGAAAACUUGUGCUGCUGUUGAUCAAGAGUUAGAGCAGCACCGCAAGAUUGAUACAUUCCAUAGUGGAACAACUGCCUUAACGAUCGUCAGACAGGGUGAACUUAUUUACAUAGCAAAUGUUGGUGACUCUCGUGCUGUAUUGGCUACCACUUCGGAUGAUGGAAACUUGGUAUCAGUUCAGCUUACCAUCGAUUUCAAGCCCAACUUACCUCAGGAGGCUGAGCGGAUAAUACAGUGCAAUGGCCGGGUAUUCUGUUUGAAUGAUGAGCCAGGGGUGCACAGGAUUUGGCUGCCAGAUCAGGAAUCACCUGGAUUGGCAAUGUCGAGGGCGUUUGGGGAUUACUGUGUUAAGGACUUUGGACUUAUUUCUGUGCCUGAAGUGACCCAAAGGCAUAUAACCAGCAGCGACCAAUUUGUGGUGCUGGCAACUGAUGGGGUAUGGGAUGUCAUUUCUAAUCAAGAAGCGGUGCAAAUUGUAUCAUCAGCAUCAGACAGGGCAAAGGCAGCAAAGUGUCUGGUCGAAUCUGCGGUUCAUGCAUGGAAACGCAAGAGGAAGGGGAUUGCAAUGGAUGAUAUAUCAGCUAUUUGCCUGUUCUUCCACCCUGAUAGGACAACACAAUAGUUAUUACAAAAUGUAAAUGAGCAAGCUAGUUGCUCCCAAUGUUUAAUUCCUCAAAUUCUCAAUGCAGUCGUUAGAGAAGGGUUUAUCUCA